AAAAAAAAAAAAACAAAACAAAAACCCCACGAAAAGAAAAAUAAAGGCCCAAGAGCAUUUGGGUCUCAGAAGCGUUUAUUUUCUCUGAGCUAACAAGCGUUCCUCUGUAAAAGAAAUUUCAAAAACCCUAGCUUUUUUGCUUUUUCUUUUUCUUUUUAUUUUCGUUCUCUGUAUAAAUUAGGCCUUGUUUGGAUUAGAUCGUAGAUUUUCAAGACCUUGACUUUGUUCAUUGUAGAUGUUAAUAUUGCUUUUUUAUUGAUAUCCCCAAUAAGAGGAAAGGGAAAAGAUUAAAGCUUGGGGGCGAUCCAAUAAUGCUUUGAAUUGCGCGUCAUUUGGUGAAAAACAUUGCAGAUUUUUCGAAUUUCGAUUUGAUAUUCUUGGUUUGUGGGGUUUCCAUGAUUGGAGAAAUUGGGUUGAUUCAGAGGAUAUUACAGUUUUAGAGAGAGAGAGAGAGAGAGAGAGAGAGAGAUGGGGUUAGGUUCGAAAAUGGAAGGACCUUCUGCCCCGGCAAAUAGGCGAGACCCGUACGAGGUGUUAUCCGUGUCAAGGGAUUCAACUGAUCAGGAAAUUAAAACUGCUUAUAGAAAGCUUGCGCUCAAAUAUCAUCCAGACAAGAAUGCCAGCAACCCUGAAGCUUCAGAACUUUUCAAGGAGGUUGCGUAUUCUUAUAGCAUCUUGUCUGACCCAGAGAAGAGAAGGCAGUAUGACAGUGUGGGGUUUGAGGCUCUUGAUGCUGAAGGCAUGGACAUGGAAAUUGAUUUGUCAAAUCUUGGCACAGUCAAUACAAUGUUUGCAGCUUUAUUCAGCAAGCUGGGUGUUCCUAUCAAGACUACAAUAUCUGCUAAUGUUCUUGAAGACGCUCUCAAUGGGACAGUUACAGUCAGACCGCUUCCUAUUGGAGCAUCAGUUAGUGGAAAGGUGGAUAAGCAAAAUGCUCAUUUCUUUGGUGUUACAAUCAAUGAGCAACAAGCCGAGUGUGGUAUUGUAGUAAGAGUUACUUCAAAUGCACAAAGCAAAUUUAAGUUACUUUAUUUCGAGCAAGAUGUGAAUGGCGGUUAUGGUUUGGCCCUACAGGAAGAUAGUGAGAAGACAGGCAAAGUGACAUCUGCUGGGAUGUAUUUUUUACAUUUUCAAGUGUACAGAAUGGAUUCAACUGUGAAUGCGUUAGCUAUGGCCAAGGAUCCUGAGGCUGCUUUCUUUAAGAGAUUGGAAGGUCUUCAACCUUGUGAGGUCUCAGAACUAAAAGCUGGCACUCAUAUUUUCGCUGUUUAUGGAGAUAAUUUUUUCAAGACUGCCACCUAUACAAUCGAGGCACUUUGUGCAAAGUCAUACGAGGAUACAACAGAGAAGCUUAAAGACAUUGAGGCACAGAUUUUAAGAAAGAGAAAUGAGCUUCGCCAAUUUGAAACAGAGUAUCGGAAGGCAUUGGCACGUUUUCAAGAAGUUACCAACAGAUACACCCAGGAAAAACAGAAUGUAGAUGAGCUGUUGAAACAGCGUGAUACUAUCCACUCUUCAUUCAGUGUCACACGGACCGCCAACAAUGGCAGCAGCAGUAGUUUAAGUAAUGGAAGUAGUAGCAAAAUUCCUGGUGAAGAUUCAAAGGCAGAGAGUCCUUCGGAGGAUGGAGGGUCUGAAGGAAAGGAUAAAUCAACCAAAAAGAAAUGGUUCAAUCUCAACCUCAAAGGAUCAGAUAAAAAGCUUGGUUGAAAAAUUUUUUGGGUAAUUAUUUUCUUAUUAGUCAAGUGGUUUCGAUAUCUAUCCAUACAAAUGCCAGUCCUUUGCCUUUCUACCUGUAGAGGUUUGCAUUGUAUACCUUGUUCAAAUUUUUUCUCUUCUGGGUUGCUGCAAUGUUGUUCGCUGUGGUACUUUUACCGUCUAGUUCUGUAAAACAUGGCAAAAUUACAAGGUAUGUUUGUCAAUAUCUUUCUAUUGAUGUUUCUCGUUGAGCGCUCAUCCUCCAAAUUCAUGUAAACAAUAUUUAGUUUAUGAUGUAAGAAUAGUUUUUAAGCAUUCUUCUUGGUUCUGCCAUGUCUAGUAAUGGUUUGUUACAAUGUAAUUCUGAGAAACAUGGCAAAAAUAUCAAAAAAGAUGUGUAUCAAUAUCUUUUUAUUCCUAGUUUUUGUUUGAACCCAUUUGUAGUUGUUCAUGCUCCAAUAUUUGAACAUACAUUUUUUAAGGUAUAAAAAGAGAUUAAUUUUGUUUGGCA